GGAAUUUGUAGUGUUUGUUAUUAUUUUAAACUAAUGGAAAACAAAAGCAGUGAACUGUGACUUUGACCAGAAGGGUGAAGGUCGUUCUGAGGUCAACCUGUGAAACGCUACAUUCGGCUGGCCGCUAGCGAAGAUAUAAUAGUGUUGUAAAUUCAAAAGACACAAAAAUGACAGAGCCACUAAAAGUAGCCAUAGUUGGUUCAGGAAAUUGGGGGUCUGCUAUAGCAAAGAUUGUAGGUCACAAUGUUUUGAAAAGUGACGAUUUUGCAACAGAAGUAAAGAUGUACGUAUACGAAGAAAUGGUGGAUGGGAGAAAACUUACAGAAAUUAUCAACACAGAGCAUGAGAAUAUUAAAUAUUUGAAAGGUCACAAACUGCCAGAAAAUGUGGUUGCUGUACCAGAUGCCAGAGAUGCUUGCCGAGAGGCAGACAUUCUAAUAUUUGUGCUGCCACAUCAGUUUGUCCGUCGUAUCUGCAGUAACCUGCAAGGCCACAUUAAGCCAACUGCGGUGGCCAUUUCUCUGAUCAAGGGUUUUGACGUCCAUGAUAAAGGCCUGGAGCUGAUCUCAAAUGUCGUGCGUACAAUGCUCAGUAUCGACUGCGCUGUCCUCAUGGGGGCAAACAUCGCCUCUGAAGUCGCUGGAGAAAACUAUUGUGAAGCUACCAUUGGGUGUAAGAAGCCAGACUUUGGCAAGCUGCUAAAGAAGCUCUUCCAGACAGACUACUUCCGUAUUGUGGUAGUAGAGGACGAGAUUACAGUAGAGCUUUGUGGAGCACUGAAGGAUAUCGUCGGCAUUUCUGCAGAUAUUAUUGAUUGUGUAUAUAAAAAGCAGGUGCCUGAAGGUGAAAAACCCGACGAGAUUUACUAUAAAGAAAAAGGGACAGUGGAUCAUGUCUAUCGUAAUGUGACUGCUACGGGUGCCGGUUUUGUGGAUGGUCUAGGUUAUGGGGACAAUACCAAAGCGGCUGUGAUUCGUCUUGGACUCAUGGAAAUGGUGAAGUUCUGUGAGGAAUUUUAUCCAGGGUCCAAGAUGUCCACCUUCCUGGAGAGCUGUGGUGUGGCUGACUUGGUGACCACAUGUUACGGAGGCAGAAACAGAAGAGUGGCCGAAGCUUUCGUCAAGACAGGAAAGUCCAUACCAGAGCUGGAGAAGGAAAUGUUGAAUGGCCAGAGCUUACAGGGACCCCCCACAGCAGCCGAGAUCAACAUCAUGCUGAAAGCCAAGAACAUGGAAGAUAGGUUUCCUCUAUUCACUGCCAUCCACAGGAUCUGUAUAAGAGAACUGGAGCCACAGAAGUUCAUAGACUGUUUGAAGAAUCACCCAGAGCACAUGUAGAUAGACUAUUAAGAUUGCUGUUCUUUGACAACACAUAGACUCAGUAGAAUGUGUGCUCUUUCCUUCAUUAUUCCCCUGUCCCCUAUUUUUUAAAAUGUUUCUUGUGUGAUAUAUUUUGUGAAUCCUUAAAUUCAUUCAGUGGAAAUUUCUGAGGAAGAUGACCAGGUUUUGCUUUAUACUUAUUUUGAAGAUUUAUGCACUGACAAUGCUUUUUUUUAUCCUUCACCCUGUUAGAACUUAAAUAAAGAAAUCCGUUGAUGGUAGCUUUUAUUUUGCAAUGCAAUAGAUGAAUACAAUUCACAAAAGAAUUGACCAUUGGAAUGAACUUCUGGAUUGUGAUGAACAACUAUUGCAGUGCCCUCAGUGUGCUGUUUUACCAUACUAGAGCUAGAGCUAUUGCAAUGACAAAUACUUUGAAAACCAGUUUUAAUUACGAAUGGGCUAGAUAGCUGUAUUAUUAACUGAGUAUGCCAUAUUAAGAGAUAAUAUUAUGUCAGUUAUGAGACGGAACAGUGUCUGAUUCCCAUAGUUUGAAGGUGCUGAUGACUUAAGAGGAGUAACUUUGGGCAGGACACGGUACUCACUGGCACGAACCACGUACGGGCUUUAUUUGUAAAAACAAAAGUAUUAACUAAUAAUUUUACUUCAAAUGAAAAUUGUACAUAGUUGAGAUAUUUAUCUUGAUAUAAAUGUUAUCGAAAAGAAGUUUAUCGUUCCAAUGAAACGUAUGGUUGAUGAAAACUUUACAAGUUUUCCAGAAGGCAGCGUUUACAAGAUACAUGACAACAAGUUCUUCAUUUUUAGAAAUAAUAUUGUGAUUGCAAUCAAAAAUAUACAUAUUUACGUUCUACAUAUUCUGCUUGUAAUAAGACCAAGUUAAAAUAUUAAAUGUUGAAAGGUGUUGUUA